UCCUAACCCAGAUCUUCAACAAUCAUGUCUUCCUCAUCUUUUACUUUGAGGCCAAUUUCUUCCAUUUCUAUAAAACCUUAUAACCCAAAAUCAUCACUACUAAACACUUCAUCCAAAUCAUCUCUUUCACUCACAACAACAACAUUCAACCUAAACAAGUCUUUCAUUUGCAAAAGCCAAGCUCAACCUUUGUCUGAAACAAAACAAACCCAAGCUGAACCAUCUCAAACAGUAAAAGUUCAAGAACUUUGUGUUUAUGAGAUAAAUGAAAGAGAUCGUGGAAGCCCUGCUUAUCUUCCGUUUAGUAAAAAAGAUGUCAAUUCACUUGGUGACUUAGUUCCCUUUAGCAACAAGUUGUACUCAGGAUGUUUACAAAAGCGCGUUGGAAUAACAGCUGGAAUCUGUAUUUUGAUUCAAAACAAACCUGAAAAAAAAGGGGACAUGUAUGAAGCAAUAUUCAGUUUUCAUUUUGGAGAUUAUGGUCAUAUUUCUGUGCAAGGCUCUUAUUUAACUUAUGAGAAUAGUUACAUGGCUGUGACUGGUGGAACUGGAAUAUUUGAAGGUGUGUUUGGUCAAGUCAAAGUGAAUCAAAUUGUGUUUCCAUUUAAGCUGUUUUACACCUUUUAUCUUAAAGGCAUUAAGGAUUUGCCUCUUGAGCUUGUUGCUAAGCAUGUUGAGCCUAGUCCAAGUGUUGAGCCUAGUCCAGCUGCUAAAGCCUGUGAGCCUCAUGCUGUUAUUGCUGGUUUCACCAACUAGUUAAAGAUAGAUUGAUGACUUUUGUAUCCUCAAAAUGAGUUUCAACGUACACAUUCAAUUUUUGUGUGUUUUGUUUAUUGAGUUGUUUUGGAAUUUCACUUCAUUCAACUACAAAAUAAAAUAAAUAAACUUCCAUAUAAA